UCAUAAAUACCGCCUCGCCAUCCUUCCUCGCCUUCCACAUCUCCGUCCACCUCGCCGCCGGCGACCAUGGGACUCUUCCGGCUGGCAACGGGCAUUCCCGGUCCUAGCGGGUUCGGAUCCGCGUCCACAGCCGAGCUGGUCACUGCCGGCGUCGACGCCUCCCACCUCACCGCCAUAGUCACCGGAGGAGCCAGUGGGAUCGGAACAGAGACUGCGCGAGUUCUUGCGCUCCGAGGAGCUUGUGUGAUCAUCGCGGCGAGAAACAUGGAGGCGGCGAGCGAGGCGAAGAGGCUCAUUCUGCAGUCGUCGUCGUCAGCGAGAGUUGACAUCUUGAAGCUCGAUCUGAGCUCACUGAAGUCAGUCAAAGAGUUUGCAGAUGAAUUCCUUUCCAUGGACCUACCUCUUAAUAUACUAAUAAACAAUGCCGGUGUUAUGUUUUGCCCUUUUCAGCUUUCAGAGGAUGGAAUUGAGCUCCAAUUCGCUACAAAUCAUUUAGGUCAUUUUCUAUUGACAAACCUUCUUCUUGAGAAAAUGAAGAGCACAACAAGAGAAACAGGGAUCGAAGGUCGAAUUGUGAAUCUAUCCUCCAUUGCUCACACAUAUACCUACCCAAACGGCAUCUGGUUCGACAAGCUCAACGAUAAGAAUGUCUACUCAGACAAGAAGGCCUAUGGACAGUCUAAGUUAGCCAAUUUGCUGCAUGCAAAUGAGCUCUCAAGAAGGCUAAUGGAAGAAGGUGCAAAUAUUACUGUUAAUUCAGUUCAUCCAGGGUUGAUCAUGACAAACUUGAUGAGGCAUUCAUUUCAACUAAUUAGGUUUUUGAAAGUGUUCAGCUACAUCUUUUGGAAGAAUAUCCCACAGGGAGCAGCUACAACGUGCCUUGUCGCACUACAUCCAAGCCUUAAGGGAGUGACAGGGAAGUACUUCUACGACUGCAAUGAAGAGUUGCCAAGUAAAUUGGCAAGGGAUGAAGCAUUGGCAAGAAAGCUCUGGGACUUCAGUGAAAACCUAGUUAAGUCAGUUCAGCAAUAAUAAAUAAAUAUAUAAUAAUAAUAAAUAUUUAUUUGAUGUAUGAUUAAUAAUAAUGUAAUGGUUGAUGGGACAUUAUGAUAUCA